CUCUGGCAGUGCAGUAACUGUGUGUCCUUACAGAUUCCAUGCUUUUCAAUACAGAUUAGUUUUUAAAACAGAACGAAAUUUCAGUGUUUAGAAAAUAGUAAAAAAAUUAUAUAUCGGAAAGUCUUUUGAGUUCAUUUGGUUGUUAAAUAGAGAUUGGUAUUUCAUCUGAAGAAUAGAUGCCUUUUGGGAGCCUAAGUAAAGCGCUAAAGUCCCGUGAGGAUCGCAAAAGUGUAUCAAGGACUCCUCCAACUGUGAUUGGUGAGAUGUUGACAAGUCGUCCAUCGGCUUCGGCUUUAGCCAUUCCGCUGGAGGAGGGAACGCCACUUAUGGUGGCUAAGCAGGAAUCCCCAGAUACGACUGUGGGAGGCGAACUGGUGACCUUGCGGAAUGACAACCAGGUGAUGGUUCAGUCGGGAGCCGAGCGUCGGAGGCCUUUGGAGGCAACACGAAGGGGGGGCUUGGACGAGUUCCUGGUCUCGCUGCUCGAGUGUCCCGUGUGCUUCAGCUACAUAAUGCCACCGAUUAUGCAGUGCUCUUGUGGCCACUUGAUCUGCGCCACCUGCCGCCAGAAGGUGUCCCUGUGCCCCGUCUGCCGGGUGUCCAUGACCAACAUCCGGAGCCUGGCCAUGGAGAAGGUGGCCUCCAAGCUGAUCUUCCCCUGCAAGCACUCGCAAUCCGGCUGCCUUGCCCGGCUCUCGUAUGCGGAGAAGAGGAGCCACGAGGAGGACUGCGACUGUCGGCCGUACUUCUGCCCCUAUCCGGAUGACAAGUGCGUCUGGCAGGGGCCGCUGAGUGCCGUGUACCAGCACCUGGUGAGCACCCACGAGAACGUGAUCACCAUGGAGGGCAACGACAUCAUCUUCCUGGCCACCAACGUGAAUCUGGAGGGCGCCCUCGACUGGACCAUGGUGCAGUCCUGCCACGGACGGCACUUCCUGCUCUCCCUGGAGAAGAUCAAUCUGGCCGAGGGAUGUCAGCAGUACUUCACCGCCUGUCGCAUGAUCGGCACCAUGAGGGAUGCGGCCGACUUCGUCUACAACAUCUCGCUGGAGGCCAACAAUCGCACCCUGCGCUGGCAGUCCAAGCCAAGAUCAAUCCGUGAGAGCUUCGUCUCGUUCACGCAUGCCGACUUCCUGGUGCUCAACAAGUCCACCGUCGAGCUUUUCUCGGAGGACGGCAAUCUGGCCCUGAACGUGGUCAUCAGAAAAGUGCAGGACACCAGUGAAAUCCUUAACUAAGCACAUAGGAUCUUUAGUCCCCUCAAAUAUCGAACUUCUACCCAAUUUGAUAGCUGUCAAUGUGCUCAUAUAUGUAUAUACACAUGCAUAUCAAAUAAAUAUAUUGUAUGUGCCCAAUGGAUUCCCUAAAA